AUGGUACUCGUACCAGAGCUUUGGCGGGAUUUCUCUUUCAGCUCAUUGUUACGAAGGUCUUCUUACAGUCAAGUAUUGGCAAAAGAGCACCCAAUACGGUGCUUUCAUGCAAGCCCAGAACUCUUGGCUAGAAGAAGAAAUGAAGAGUCAGGUAAUCUAAAGACAACCAAGAGAGAGAAAAAAGGAAAGUUCAAGAAAAGGACAAAUGUGAAACCACCUGUUGAAGCUGCAUAUGUGCCUCCUAAACCGAAAAAGCCUGCAAAAUUUUUGCAAGAUAAACCAAUCAAUAUAUUUGAAGGCAUGACAAUUAUUGAGCUUGCGAAGCAGGCUGGUCAGUCAAUAGCCACUCUGCAGGAUAUUCUUAUAAAUGUCGGGGAAAAGGUUCAGUCAGAGUUUGACCCCCUAAGCAUUGAUGUCGCAGAGCUGGUUGCUAUGGAAGUUGGCUUCAGUGUAAGAAGGGUACACGCCAACGAAGGUUCAGAUAUUCAACCACGGCCUCCAGUUGUAACAGUCAUGGGUCAUGUUGACCAUGGUAAAACUUCCCUUUUGGAUGCUCUACGUCAAACAUCAGUGGCAGCCAAGGAAGCUGGAGGCAUAACUCAGCAUCUGGGUGCUUUUGUUGUUGGCAUGCCUUCUGGAGCAUCUAUCACAUUCCUUGACACCCCUGGUCAUGCUGCAUUUAGUGCAAUGCGAGCAAGAGGUGCAGCAGUCACAGAUAUAGUUGUGUUAGUUGUAGCUGCUGAUGAUGGAGUGAUGCCACAAACUCUUGAGGCCAUGGCCCAUGCGAAAGCAGCUAAUGUACCAAUUGUGGUUGCAAUCAACAAAUGUGAUAAACCAGCUGCUGACCCAGAGAGGGUGAAGACUCAGCUGGGUGCAGCGGGCUUGGAGCUGGAGGACUUAGGUGGGAAGGUUCAGGUGGUUGAAAUUUCAGCCUUAAAGAAAACUGGAUUGGAUGAUUUGGAGGUGACUUUGCUUCUUCAGGCUGAAAUGAUGAAUCUAAAAGCACGAAUUGAUGGGCCUGCCCAAGCUUAUGUAGUAGAGGCAAGACUUGACAAAGGACGAGGUCCAUUGGCUACUGCAAUAGUAAAGGCAGGGACUUUGUGUUGUGGGCAGCUUGUGGUUGUGGGUUGUCAGUGGGGCAGAAUAAGGGCUCUUAGGGAUACGGUAGGGAAGUUGACAGAACAGGCAAGACCAGCAAUGCCAGUUGAGAUUGAAGGCCUAAGGGGGCUUCCAAUGGCCGGUGAUGAUAUAAUUGUUGUGGAUUCUGAGGAGAGAGCUAGAAUGCUUAGUUUGGGGAGGAAAGGGAAAUUUGAGAAAGAUAGGCUUAGAAAGAUUGAUGAGAAGAGGACUGAAAUUUUGGAACCUUCGGAAGAGGCACCUAAGAGGGCUGAAUUACCAGUAAUUGUGAAAGCAGAUGUACAGGGAACUGUUCAAGCUGUCACUGAUGCUUUGAAGACUUUAAAUAGUCCCCAGGUUUUCGUGAAUGUAGUCCAUGUUGGUGUUGGGCCUAUUUCUCAGUCUGAUGUUGACUUAGGACAAGCCUGUGGUGCAUGCAUAAUUGGGUUCAACAUAAAGAGUCCACCUACUUCUCUCAGUCACGAAGCAACUCGAGCUGGUAUAAAGAUAAUGGUGCACCGAGUGAUUUAUCACCUUUUGGAGGAUAUUGGCAAUUUGAUAGUAGACAAGGCCCCUGGGACUUUUGAAACCCAGAUUGCUGGGGAGGCUGAGGUAGUGUCUACCUUUGUGCUUAAAGGAAGGAGAUCAAAGGUUGCCGAUGUGAAAAUUGCUGGCUGUCGAGUUUUUGAUGGUUGUGUCAGCAGAUCUUCAACAAUGAGGCUUCUGAGAAGUGGGGAAGUUUUAUUUGAAGGAUGUUGCACAUCCCUCCAGAGGGAGAAGCAGAAUGUGGAGACAGUGGACAAGGGCAACGAGUGUGGACUUGUGAUCCAGGGUUGGAAUGAUUUCCAGAUUGGAGACAUCAUCCAGUGCAUGAAACAAGUUCUUAUAAAACCCAAGUUCAUUUCAUCAGAGAGUGGGGCUGUUCGAAUCGAGUGCUAAAAAUAAUUUUGCUAGCGAUAUCUUGUAGGAUUUAUUUAAAUACUCUUUGUUGUUUAAUUAUUUCCUCUGCAUUUUUUUUUUUAUGUACAUGGAAAAUUCAUGUCACUUAUUGGUCAACAAGGUGCACCCCUCAGGUCUGAUCGCACAUUUUAGUCUUUUGAA